AACAUUUCAAAUACGCAUUCGGAAGUAUACCACCAGCUAAACCAUCCAUCCGAGAUCGAUGACUGCGUUAAAAAACGGUGUUGGCGCAUCCGCAGAUCAAAAGGCAAAAUUCUUCCUCGUAAUUAUGCGGCUGAAUUUAAAGUUUUUGCUGAUAAGCCUCUGCGUGACGGUUGCACUUAUCACAUUCGCACUGUGGGCCAACUGUGGCGUUGGGCAUGGGCUUGUACCGAAGUGGCCCCAGCAUCAUGGUGAUGGUGACAAUCCAUUCGAACAGACGGAAGAGAUCGACUGCAUCAUCAACCAGGAGUACGCAAUCGGUUGUCGGAAGGAGGGUGAAGAGGUUUACCUCCCAUUUUCCUUUCUGCAGAAGUACUUCGAUGUGUACGGAUCGCUCAAUGUGGUCGACGGUAGUCGGCGGUUCGAUUGGACGCACAGCUACGGGAAGGUAAACUAUCCGAAGGGAGCGUACGAUCCGCGUGGGAUUUUCAUGUAUUUCGAAAACUACAACGUAGAGAUGCGCGAUCGUGUGAAGUGUAUCAGCGCAAUCGAUGGUGUACCGAUAUCGACGCAGUGGGAAAGCCAGGGCUACUUUUAUGCUACCCAGAUAGCACAGUUUGGACUGUCGCAUUAUAGUAAAAAUCUAACCGAACCGGAACCACGGCGCAAAACGGUCGAAGACGGUGAACGAGAGCUGGCGACGUGGAUUGUGCCGAAAGGUAGCUCAAUGAAUCGUACAAUCGAUCGGAUUCGACCGGGAGCCGGUGGUGCGGUUCUUAGCUUUUCCACCGGAAAAUCGUUCGACACGGCGGUCGUGUUGCCGAUGGAUCACGUGCUGGAUCUGGUACUUAGUAUCGAUGUGCUGCUGAAGCCAAAUUCAACGAUUUGUGUGACACUUCAGAACCGUGAAACGCAGAAGCUAUAUCACGUUUACUACAUACUGGCGGAUCUGUUGAUAGGCGUGCAGGAUGAGAACAUCUACUACGGUAUCGGAUUGAACAGUACUGGUGGGUGGAAACAUUUGACUCGUGAUCUGUUCGUCGAUCUGCAGAAAGGACUGCCACAGUAUGCGAGCACAGACAAGCGGCGCAAGAUGCGACGAACAGAGCUGAAGGUGGUCGAGAUAUCGCUGCUCGGGAAUGGAAGUAUCGAUAAUUUGACGCUUUCGACGAGUGAGCAUAUAAGUCAUUUUUACGAUGCUGCUGAGUGGUUGAUAAGGCAUCAGGAUCCAAGUACGGGUGGGUGGCCUAUACCGGUGCGACGAAAGCUAGGGUCGGGAUUUGGCGAGCUGGCACGUGGUUGGUAUUCGGCGAUGGCACAGGGUCAUGCGAUAUCGCUUCUCGCUAGAGCGUAUUACCAUUCAAAGGGAGAGAAGCGAUAUUUGAGGGCGGCACUGGAUGGGUUAAAGCUGUUCCGGAUACCAUCCUAUCAGGGGGGUGUUUUAGCAACCUUCCUAGGAAAGUACGCGUGGUACGAAGAGUAUCCAACGACGCCACACUCGUUUGUGUUGAAUGGGUUUAUCUACUCGCUGCUUGGGCUUUACGACCUGAACUCAACUGCGCCUGCAAACCAAUCGAAUGAAGCGGCGGUUCUAUUUGAACAGGGAAUGGCUAGUUUGAAGAAGAUGUUGCUUCUGUACGAUACCGGCUCGGGGACGAGUUACGAUCUGCGACAUUUUACGCUUGGUAUUGCUCCGAAUCUGGCGCGCUGGGACUAUCACGCCACGCAUGUCAAUCAGCUGCUCCUGUUGGCCACGAUCGAUCCAGACCCGCUGAUCUCACAAACGGCAGAACGAUGGAAAAAUUACAUGGUAGGCAAGCGAGCACCACACAACUAG